AUUUAUGUCGGAAAAUUUGAAAAGAAAAACCCAAAAAUGCCGAAAACCGUUUGUUGUUUUCGGUACUACAAGAAGAAAAUUGCAUACGGAGAUGAUUCGAGCUGUUCAGAAGGAGAAGAAGCGUCAGGAAAUACCGUGAAUAAAAUCGAAAAUAAUAAAAGUGGAAAAACCGGCGGUCUCUUUAGCAAUUGGAGACCGAAAAAUGUUUGUUUUGGUUUAAAGAAAAUCGAGAAAUACAACAUGACCAAAAUUGAAAUAACAAUGAAAGCCGCAAUUUUGAUCCAACGUUGGUACAGGAGAUAUUUGGCGAGAAUGGAAGUUAGAAGAAGAUAUACAUGGACCAUUUUUCAAAGUAUCGAAUACGCAGGGGAACAAGACCAAGUUCAGGUAAAAAAAAAGAAACGUAAUAAAAGUGCAAAUUAACAAAGCGAAAUCAAU